AUGCAUUCUUUCUUUCUUUCUUUCUUUCUUUCUUUCUUUCUUUCUUUCUUUCUUUCUUUCUUUCUUUCUUUUAUUCGCCAUCGCUAUUUUGUCCCAUGCAUUCUUUCUUUCUUUCUUUCUUUCUUUCUUUCUUUCUUUCUUUCUUUCUUUCUUUCUUUCUUUCUUUUAUUUGGUUCAUUGUUAUUAUUACAAUGUCUUUCUUUCUUUCUUUCUUUCUUUCUUUCUUUCUUUCUUUGCGUCCACUCUCUUACAAAUCCUAAUCUUCUUUCAAUCACAGCCUUCCAUUAUGAUCGCAGUUUUCUGAUGACGACCCUCAUUAGACGCGGUUGCUGUCAGCAUUCCUUUGCUUCGUUUACCUCACACCCCAAAAUACCUGCUACCUGCCUUAGUCUCCCACCGCUGCAGCCUAUCGUCACGACCACCUCAUCCCAUAGACCAUCACCCAAACCCACUUUUCCUUUGAACCCGAGGACCGCGUUUUUCCUCACAUAUAAUGUAACUACACUUUCAUACAGCCAUCUUCAACAAUUAACACUCGCCAACGAUGUUUUUGUAAUGAUUUCCUCUUUUGCAUUGUCGGCACGUACACUUAUAUCUUUAUAUUUACAUAUCUACUUUUAG